AACUGUGUCAACGUUGCUGCUGGACGAAGUUACCAUAUAGGAAGCAGUGGAGUCACCGCCCUAUCAUGCAGUCUGCUGUCCGCUGCUGAGCAGCUGCAGGGUGGAGUUUAACGCUGUCUCCAAGAGCGGAUGUAGACGGAACCGAGGGAAAUAGUUACUCUUCUUGGGCUCCUGUAAAACAUUUUUCCGCUAGAAAAGGCGAAUACCGUCCAUAUUUCGUGUUACUAGUUCAUCGGGUACACGGCGAUCACAAGUCCUCUGACACAGGAACAACUGGGGAACAAGCGAGAACCGCAACCAUGGUGGCGUUGUCACUGAAGAUCGGUGUGGGGAACGUGGUUAAGACCAUGCAGUUUGAGCCGUCCACCAUGGUGUUUGAUGCCUGUCGCAUCAUCAGGGAACGAGUCCCUGAAGCCCAGCUGGGCCAGCCCAACGACUACAGUCUGUUCUUGUCGGAUGAGGAUCCCAAAAAGGGAAUCUGGCUGGAGGCAGGCAAGGCCCUGGACUACUACAUGUUGAGGAACGGGGACACCCUGGAGUACAAGAAGAAGCAGCGUCCCCUGAAGAUCCGUAUGCUGGACGGAACCAUCAAGACCGUCAUGGUGGACGACUCCAAGAUCGUCAGCGACAUGCUUAUGACCAUCUGUGCCAGAAUAGGCAUCACAAACUAUGACGAGUACUCCCUGGUCCGGGACAUGGGCGAGGAGAAGAAGGAGGAGACCAUGGGGACUCUGAAGAAGGACAAGACCUUACUACGAGACGACAAGAAGAUGGAGAAGUUGAAGCAGAAACUGCACACAGACGAUGAGCUGAACUGGUUGGACCACGGCAGAACACUGAGGGAGCAGGGUGUGGAGGAGAUCGAGAUGCUGCUGCUGAGGAGGAAGUUCUUUUAUUCGGACCAGAAUGUGGAUUCCAGAGACCCGGUCCAGCUCAACCUGCUCUACGUUCAGGCCCGUGAUGACAUCCUGAAUGGAUCCCACCCAGUUUCCUUUGAGAAGGCAUGUGAAUUUGCUGGCUUCCAAUGUCAGAUCCAGUUUGGGGACCACAAUGAGAUAAAACAUAAGCCGGGAUUCUUGGAUUUAAAAGAGUUCCUGCCAAAAGAGUAUAUUAAGCAGAAAGGAGAGAAAAGGAUCUUCCAGGCACACAAAAACUCCCAGAAUAUGACAGAAAUCGAGGCUAAAGUCAGCUACGUCAAGCUCGCUAGGUCUCUCAAAACGUACGGCGUGUCCUUCUUCCUUGUGAAGGAGAAGAUGAAGGGGAAGAACAAGCUGGUGCCGCGCCUGCUGGGCAUCACCAAGGAGUGUGUGAUGAGGGUGGACGAGAAGACCAAGGAGGUGAUCCAGGAGUGGAACCUGACCAACAUCAAGCGCUGGGCUGCCUCCCCAAAGAGCUUUACUCUGGACUUUGGUGACUAUCAAGAUGGUUACUACUCAGUGCAGACCACUGAGGGUGAACAGAUAGCUCAGUUGAUUGCUGGCUACAUCGAUAUCAUCCUCAAAAAGAAAAAAAGUAAAGACCACUUCGGACUAGAGGGAGAUGAGGAGUCUACCAUGCUGGAAGACUCUGUGUCUCCUAAGAAGUCCACGGUCAUGCAGCAGCAGUUCAACACGAUGGGGCGGGUGGAGACGGGCUCGGUGGCCCUGCCCGCCAUCAUGCGCUCUGGCGCCGGUGGCCCAGAGAACUUCCAGAUGGGCUCCAUGCCCCAGGCCAAGCAGCACAUCACCAGCGGGCAGAUGCACCGCGGACACAUGCCACCGCUGACCUCGGCUCAGCAGGCCCUGACUGGGACCAUCAACUCCAGCAUGCAGGCCGUCAACGCGGCACAGGCGUCUCUAGAUGGGUUUGACACCCUCCCAGUACUGGGAACAGACGCGGCCUCCCAAGCCUGGCGCAGGAACAAGAUGGACGAAUCCAAACACGAGAUCCACUCCCAGGUGGACGCCAUCACGGCAGGGACGGCCUCCAUGGUCAACCUCACCGCAGGAGACCCUGCAGACACCGACUACAUGGCGGUGGGCUGCGCCGUGACCACCAUCUCCUCCAACCUCACGGAGAUGUCCAAGGGCGUGAAGCUGCUGGCCGCGCUCAUGGAGGACGAGGGGGCCAACGGACAGCAGCUGCUGGGAGCCGCCAAGAACCUGGCCACGGCCGUGUCCACCAUGCUGAAGACGGCCCAGCCCUCCAGCACCGAGCCCCGGCAGAACCUGCUGCAGGCUGCGGGGAACGUGGGCCAGACCAGCGGAGAGCUGCUGAGCCACAUCGGAGAGACCGACGCCGACCCACACUUCCAGGACAUGCUGAUGCAGCUAGCCAAGGCCGUGGCCAACGCAGCAGCGGCCCUCGUGCUAAAGGCUAAGAACGUGGCGCAGAAGACGGAGGACUCGGCCCAGCAGAACAGGGUCAUCGCCGCCGCUACGCAGUGCGCUCUGUCCACCUCCCAGCUCGUGGCGUGCACACGGGUGGUGGCCCCGACCAUCAGCUCCCCUGUGUGCCAGGAGCAGCUGAUCGAGGCGGGGAAGCUGGUGGCCAAGUCGGUGGAGGGCUGUGUGGAGGCCUCUCAGGGGGCCACCGGGGACGAGGUUCUGCUCAAGCAGGUGGGCGCCGCGGCAACAGGCGUCACGCACGCCCUCAACGAGCUCCUGCUGCACAUCAAGCAGUACGCCAGCGGCGCCCACCCCAUCGGACGCCACGGAGAGGCCACCGACCGCAUCCUGGACGUCACGGAGAACAUCUUCAGCUCCAUGGGAGACGCCGGUGAGAUGGUGCGGCAGGCACGCAUUCUGGCCCAGGCCACGUCGGACCUGGUGAACGCCAUCAAGAUGGACGCCGAGGGAGAGUCUGACCUGGAGAACUCCAGGAAGCUGCUCUCUGCCGCCAAGCUGCUGGCUGACGCCACCGCAAAGAUGGUGGAGGCUGCUAAGGGAGCAGCAGCGAACCCCGACAGUGAAGAGCAGCAGCAGAAGUUGCGGGAAGCUGCGGAAGGCCUGCGUAUCGCCACCAACGCAGCCGCCCAGAACGCCAUCAAGAAACGUCUGGUCAACAAGCUGGAGAAUGCAGCCAAACAGGCGGCUGCCGCGGCAACGCAGACCAUCGCUGCGGCCCAGCACGCCGCGUCGUCCAAUAGGAACGCAGCCUCUCAGCAGCAACUCGUCCAGAGCUGCAAGGUGGUGGCAGAGCAGAUCCCCCAGCUGGUGCAGGGUGUGAGGGGCAGUCAGUCCCAGCCCGACAGCCCCAGUGCCCAGUUGGCUCUGAUCGGGGCCAGCCAGAACUUCCUCCAGCCCGGUGCUAAGAUGGCCACGUCGGCCAAGGCCACGGUGCCCACCAUCGGAGAGCAGGCGUCCGCCAUGCAGCUCAGCCAGUGUGCCAAGAACCUCGCCAGCGCUCUGGCAGAGCUGCGCACGGCCGCCCAGAAGGCCCAGGAAGCAUGUGGACCUCUGGAGAUAGAGAACGCCUUAUCUGUGAUCCGAGGCCUGGAACGGGACAUGCAGGAAGCCAAGGCGUCGGCCGGAGCUGGGCGUCUCAAACCACUUCCUGGAGAGACGCUGGAGAAGUGUUCCCAGGACCUGGUGUCCAGCACCAAGUCUGUGAGCUCUGCCAUCGCCCAGUUGCUGAGUGAAGCCACCCAGGGCCACGAGAACUACACAGGCAUGGCGGCCAGAGACGUGGCCCAGGCGCUCCGCUCGCUGGCUUCCGCGGCCCGAGGCGUGGGCGCCACCGCCGGCAACCCUCAGGCCUGCGACGCCAUGCUCAACUGCGCUGCGGACGUCAUGGACAAGUCCGGGAGCCUGAUCGAAGAGACCAAGAGGGCGGUGGCCAAGCCCGGGGACCCCGAGAGCCAACAGAGACUGGCCCAGGUGGCCAAGGCAGUGUCCCAGGCCCUCAACAGGAGUGUGAACAGCCUUCCAGGCCAGAGAGACGUGGACAACGCUAUCCGGGCCGUAGGAGAAGCAAGCAAGACUCUCCUGGCUGACUCGUUCCCCUCCAGUGGGAAGAGCUUCCAGGAGGUGCAGGCCCAGCUGAAUCAGGCCGCGGCCGGUCUGAACCAGUCAGCCAAUGAGCUGGUCCAUUCCUCCAGGGGCACCACGCAGGAGCUCGCCAGGUCCACCAGCAAGUUCGGAGGGGACUUCAACAACUUCCUAGAAGCUGGCGUCGACAUGGCUGGGACAUCCCAGACCAAAGAAGAUCAGACCCAGGUGGUGUCCAACCUCAAGACCAUCUCCAUGUCCUCCAGCAAGCUGCUGCUGGCGGCCAAGGCCCUGUCCACCGACCCCGGCUCCCCCAACCUCAAGAACCAGCUGGCUGCGGCCGCCCGGGCGGUGACAGACAGCAUCAACCAGCUGAUCACCAUGUGUACUCAGCAAGCCCCCGGUCAGAAGGAGUGUGACAACGCUCUCAGAGAGCUGGAGUCGGUGCGGGAGAUGCUGGAGAACCCUACAGAGGCCGUCUCUGACCUGUCCUACUUCGACUGCAUCGACAGAGUCAUGGAGAAUUCAAAGGUGCUUGGAGAAUCCAUGGCGGGUAUUUCACACAACGCUAAGAACAGUAACCUGCCGGAGUUUGGGGACUCGGUCAGCGCGGGUUCAAAGGCCGUGUGUGGCCUCACUGAAGCAGCUGCCCAGGCUGCCUACCUGGUGGGGGUGUCAGACCCCAACAGCACCGCGGGUCAGAAGGGCCUUGUGGAUCCAUCCCAGUUCGCCAAAGCCAACCAGUCCAUUCAGAUGGCCUGCCAGAACCUGGUGGACCCAAUCUGCACCCAAUCCCAGGUGCUGUCAGCUGCCACCAUUGUUGCCAAACACACGUCUGCUCUGUGCAACGCGUGCCGCUUGGCUUCCUCCAAGACCUCCAACCCUGUUGCCAAGAGACAGUUUGUUCAGUCCGCCAAAGAGGUGGCCAACAGCACCGCCAACCUGGUCAAGUCCAUCAAGGCUUUGGACGGAGCUUUUAACCCUGAGAACCGAGAAAAGUGCAAAGCGGCGACAGGGCCACUGAUCGAAGCGGUGGAUAACCUGACUGCAUUCGCCUCCAACCCCGAGUUCGCUAGUGUCCCCGCUCAGAUCAGCCCUGAGGGCCUUGCGUCCAUGGAGCCCAUCGUAGCAGCGGCUAGGACCAUGCUGGAGAGCUCCACCGGGCUCAUCCAGACCGCCCGCUCCUUGGCCGUGAACCCCAAAGACCCCCCCAGGUGGUCGGUCCUGGCCGGUCAUUCUAGGACCGUGUCGGACUCCAUCAAGAAGCUUAUCACCAACAUGAGGGAGAAGGCCCCUGGCCAGAGGGAGUGUGACGAGGCCAUUGACGUCCUCAACAGCUGUAUCCGUGAGGUGGACCAGGCCUCCCUCGCUGCCAUCAGCCAGCAGCUCAGCCCCAGAGAGGACAUCUCCCAGGAGGCUCUCCAGGAGCAGAUGAUGACCUCCGUCCACGAGAUCAGCAACCUCAUUGAGCCGGUGGCCAUCGCGGCCCACUCUGAGGCCUCGCACCUGGGACACAAGGUGUCUCAGAUGGCCAGAUACUUUGAGCCACUGAUAAUGGCGGCUAUUGGCACAGCGUCUAAAAUCGUCAGCAGCCAGCAGCAAAUGGCUGUGUUGGAUCAGACUAAGACCCUGGCAGAGUCCGCACUGCAGAUGUUGUACACGGCCAAGGAGGCAGGAGGCAACCCCAAGGCGGCCCACACCCAGGAGGCCCUGGAGGAGUCGGUGCAGAUGAUGAAGGAGGCGGUGGACGACCUGGGAGCCACGCUGUCCGAGGUGGCGGGGGCCGCGGGCGCGGUCGGGGGCAUGGUGGACUCCAUCACCCAGUCCAUCAACAAGAUGGAAGACCCCAAUGUGGGAGACCCCGAUGGCAACUUUGUCGACUAUCAGACCACUAUGGUCAGGACGGCCAAGGCCAUCGCUGUGACCGUGCAAGAGAUGGUGACAAAGUCCAACACAAACCCAGACGACCUCGGAGGCUUGGCCAAUCAAAUCACCAACGAGUUCGGAGACUUGGCCAAUGAAGCUAAAUACGCAGCCAUCACCGCCGAGAAUGAAGAGAUCGGCUCACACAUCAUCAAGAAGGUGGGAGAGCUCGGCUUCUCCUGCACCGGCCUGGUGACCAAAGCCGGGGCGCUGCAGUGCAGCCCCAACGACAUGUUCACCAAGAAGGAGCUGAUCGAGAGCGCACGCAAAGUAUCUGAGAAGGUGUCCCAUGUCCUGGCGUCUCUCCAAGCUGGUAACCGUGGCACCCAGGCCUGCAUCACCGCGGCCAGCGCUGUCUCGGGCAUCAUCGCUGACCUUGACACCACCAUCAUGUUCGCCACGGCAGGAAGCCUCAACAGGGAGAACUCUGAGACCUUCGCCGACCACAGAGAGCACAUCCUGAAGACGGCCAAGGCGCUGGUGGAGGACACCAAGCUGCUGGUGUCGGGGGCGGGGGCCAGCCAGGAGAAGCUGGCACAGGCCGCCCAGUCCUCGGUACUCACCAUCACCAAGCUGGCCGACGUGGUGAAGCUGGGAGCGGCCAGUCUGGGCUCUGAAGACCCAGAGACGCAGGUGGUCCUGAUCAAUGCAGUGAAGGACGUGGCCAAGGCGCUGUCGGACCUGAUCCGCGCCACCAAGGGGGCGGCGGGCAAGCCUCAUGACGACCCCGCCAUGCUGCAGCUCAAGAACUCUGCCAAGGUCAUGGUCACAAACGUCACGUUGCUCCUGAAGACGGUGAAGGCGGUGGAGGACGAGGCGACGAAGGGAACCCGAGGCCUGGAGGCUACUAUUGAACAUAUCAAACAGGAGCUGGCUGUGUUCAAUAGUCCUGACCCACCGCCUAAGACGGCCACACCAGAGGAGUUCAUCCGCAAGACCAAGGGCAUCACCAUGGCAACGGCCAAAGCGGUGGCUGCUGGGAACUCAUGCCGGCAGGAGGACGUCAUCGCCACGGCGAACCUCAGCCGCUGCGCCAUCGCCGACAUGCUGCACUCCUGCAAGCAAGCGGCCUACCACCCGGAGGUCAACCAGGACGUCCAGCUCAGAGCGCUGCGCUACGGAAAGGAAUCCGCCGUCGGAUACCUGGCUCUAUUAGAGCAUGUGUUAGUGAUCAUCCAGAAGCCCACCCCGGAGCUGAAGCAGCAGCUGGCCAUCUACUCCAAGCGUGUGGCGGGCUCUGUGACCGAGCUCAUCCAGGCCGCCGAGGCCAUGAAAGGUACAGAAUGGGUGGACCCUGAAGACCCCACCGUCAUCGCUGAGAAUGAGCUCCUGGGUGCGGCCGCGGCCAUCGAGGCGGCCGCCAAGAAGCUGGAGCAGCUGCGACCGAGGACCAAGCCCAAGGAAGCGGACGAGAGCCUGAACUUCGAGGAGCAGAUCCUGGAGGCGGCCAAGGCCAUCGCGGCGGCUACCAGUGCGCUGGUCAAGGCGGCCUCGGCGGCUCAGAGGGAGCUGGUGGCUCAGGGGAAGGUGGGGGUGAUCCGGGCCAACGCCGUGGACGACGGGCAGUGGUCCCACGGCCUCAUCUCAGCGGCCCGCAUGGUGGCAGCGGCCACCAGCAACCUCUGUGAGGCGGCCAACUCGGCCGUGCAGGGCCACGCCAGCGAGGAGAAGCUCAUCUCUUCGGCCAAGCAGGUGGCGGCGUCCACCGCCCAGCUGCUGGUGGCCUGCAAGGUGAAGGCGGACCAGGACUCCCAGACCAUGAAGAGGCUGCAGGCCGCCGGAAACGCUGUCAAACGAGCUUCAGACAACCUGGUGAAGGCGGCGCAGAAGGCUGCGUUCGACGCGCAGGACGACCAGGCGGUGGUGGUGAAGAGCAAGAUGGUGGGCGGUAUCGCUCAGAUCAUCGCGGCCCAGGAAGAGAUGCUGAGGAAGGAGCGCGAGCUGGACGAGGCCCGCAAGAAGCUUGCAACCAUCCGACAGCAGCAGUACAAGUUCCUGCCCUCGGAGCUGCGCGAGGACAGCCAGGACUAGUGAGGUCAACACCCCGUGGUUGCUUAAGAUACGGCAUUGACAAAUCAUGUGCUCAGGACGCCACUCUCCGCUUCAGAUCACGCAAAUAUAGUAUUAUUUUUUAUGCUCAAGUCCACCCUUAGUAUUCGGAGCGAAACGAUACGAAAACAACAUGAAAAAAUUAAGCAAAAGAUCAAAGAAAAUGUUGUAUGGUUGCGUUACUGUUUUGAUCACGUACGCUUUUUUUUAUGGUAAAUGAGUUGAACGUUUUGUUUAUGUAUCCACAUUGCAUGUCUUUAUGAACUUUAUUUCUUUGUUAACUUUCUGCCAAUAACAAGGCACCCUAUGUGUUAGUGCCACCCUACUGAGAAAGAAAUGCAUGGCUUUAGUUCUGUAACACGUGCCAUGUUUCCUAUAUGUGUUGAAAACACUCUGAACAAAUACAGCACUUCUUGAUAUAAGGGUUAGUGUUGUAAUAAAUUACUUUGAGAUUCAAAACCUCUCACAUGAAUUUUGUUAAAGUACUGAUUGAGCAGAAAUGUAUUUUAUAUUGGAUUUUAUAUAGCUAAUGUUCAUCCAUUGGAGUUAUAUAAAUAGCCCUAUAAAAGCAAUUGUUUUGGUUGGGACCAAAUGAGUUAUGGACUAAAUUGAAUUAAAUCUAUAAUAACUUGUAUAUUUCUUGAUUCUUCCUUGUCGUUUUUGCUCAUGAUAAAGUAAUUAUUGUUUAUUUUGCAACAGGAUGUUGUGACUUUACUUAUCCAGGUUGUUGUUCAAUGCAUUUGUAACUGGCAUCUGACGGUAAUCAGAAGAUGUCUUUGUUGUAUUUGUAUUAGUUUGUUUCAUUUGUUUCAUAACAUCAAAUCACCUUUCUUAGGCAUUCUAAUUGUGUUGUUAAAUAAAUGACAAAAUGCUUUUGCACAUGAUCAUGAAAUGCAUAUGAGGAAGCAGAUUAUCGUGUAAUAUUUUGUUUUUUUAUCUUGGCCCUACUUGAUAUAACAAAAAACGCGUAUCCGGAAUCCAUAUCAAACUUAUUGAUUUGCAUAUUCAUGCAAAGUUUCAAUAUAUGUGUCAAUUUGUUUUCAACAUUUUAUAUAUCAGAAAAUAUGCAACUUUCAAGGCACCAUUAUAUUUUUUUCAAUAAAGCUGUUUUUCCUUAAAA